AGGGUGCUCUGGUCGCCCCCCGCCCGGCUCCGCGCUCGGGCCGUGGAGGCUGAGACGGCAGGCGAGGCGGCCUGUCUCCGAUUUCCGUCCGCUUGGCUCGGACCGCCACCCUCUCCAGUCCCCAUCUUCCAACCCUCCGGUCUCUCGGAGCGGAGUCCGCUCACACCUUCCCGCCCCGUCUGUCCUGACCCUGGCCGCGGGGUCCCCGCCAACCCUGGCCCCCAGCCCCUGCCUCUCUGUCGCCUCCAGGGUCGGGCGUCAGGGCGGGAAACGCCCCCGGGAAAGCCCCGGGGAGCAGCCGGAGGACGGGGCGGCGGGAAGCAGCCGGGGCACCACUAUUUAAGGCGCGGCCGCGGCGGGCGGAGGACAGAAUCGGGGCGAGCAUGGAGCAGGGUCUCGCCCUCCUGUUUCCCGUCUUCCUGGGGCUCCUCCAGCGAGCCCAGGGUGGGUCCUUGGAGAUGGAGCCUCCGGAUUCCGUGGUGGCCGUGUCCUUGGGCGGGUCGCAGCAGCUCACCUGCCGGCUGGCCUGCGCCGACCCCAGGAACCCCAUGGUGCAGUGGCGGGGCCUGGACACCAGUCUGGGCACCGUGCGGUCGGACACGCACAGCAGCGUCCUCUCGGUGCACAACGCCUCCCUGUCCGAGGCCGGCACCCGCGUGUGCGUGGGCUCCUGCGGGACCGACACCUUGCUGCGGACCGUGAAGCUCCUGGUGUUCGCAUUUCCAGACCAGCUGACUGUCUCCCCAGUAACCCUGGUGGCCAGGCGGGACCAAGAGGUGGCCUGCACCGCCCAUAACGUCACACCUGCCAACCCCGAGGCCCUCUCCCUAUCCCUGCUCCUGGGGGACCAGGAACUGGAGGGGGUGCAGGCCCUGGACUGGGAUGUGGAGGAGGAGCCCCAGCAGGGCGAGGACCAGCUGCUCCGAGUAACACAGCGCUGGCUGCUGCCCCCGCUGGAGACCCCCACCCCACUCACCCUCCACUGCCGGGCAACCAUGAACCUGCCUGGCCUGAGGCUGAGCCACCAGCGGGCCAUUCCAGUCCUGCACAGCCUGACCUCCCCGGAGCCCCCUGUCGAGACCUCUCCCGAGGCCACCCCAGAGCUGAGCUCCACUAGCAGCUCCAGGAGUCCUGGACCCCCACCCAGGAACAGCAGCUCCGGGAGUCCUGGACCCCCACCAGGGAACAGCUCCAACCGGCCCUGCCGCCCAGAGAUCCACCAGUCUCCAGCCGCAGGGGGUCUGGAGCUACUUUGUCAGGCGCUCUGUGACCCCGGUGUGGCUGUGGGCUGGACCCAGGCCCCGGGGGGUCUGGAAGCCUACCAGAGGCGGGAGGCUGGGGCCCAGGCUUGGCUGAGCGUGCCCUGGGCCGGCUGCUGCUCUGAGGGCUGGUUUCAGUGUCGCCUGGACCCAGGGGGACAGAUGGCCAGCCUCUACCUGGUCCCAGAGAUCUGCUGCCAGACAACACCCCCAGCCCUGUGGACAGGCAGCUUGGUGCUGGGGCUGCUCUUCUUGGGAUUCCUUGCCCACCGGCUGCGGAAACGCUGCAGGCCUGCUCAGUGACCACCCAGCC